GGGUUGUUGUGCUUUCCACGAGGCACGCUAGACUAGCUGCGAUUGGGCCCUACAUUAGUGGCUCUGUGCUGGAGAGAAAUCGUGGCGCUUUUAGAGGUGGAGGAAGACGAAAUCAAGUGCAGAAGCCAGCAGUCGAUUGUGGGUUGUGCUAUUUAUACUUUACACGUGACAUCGCGGUAAUCAUUCUUCUCAUGCAGAACCCACACACACACUUUCUCCUCAUAAUACCAAAACUUGCGCCUUGGCUUCAGAAAGUCGCGGUAAAUUUGGAACAGCAUUGUAUACAGGAUCACAAUCUUGCUCGCCCUGCCGGCCCUUUGUUGUUUUGUUCACCUUCUAAACAAGUACCAAACACUCAUCGGCAUCUCUCUCCUCUCAACUUCCCCUAUCCAGCCCAAGAUCAUCCCAUAGCAAAGCGCGUUGUCAAUAUUUUGUACCAACAGUUUGAAAUCGGCCUUGAUUUCGCUCUCUUUGAAGAUCUCCACCCACUAGGGCAGAAGGCGUCCCAUCUCUUCGAAGAAGAAUCUCUGCAGACACGUCUGCUCGCCAUGCCCGUCCAUGAAAAUAUUCUGCAUAUCGAGGUCGUAGUUAUAGAAAUAAUAAAGACUUCCUCAUCUGUAUCGGAAAAGACCUUCGAAAGGAGGACAAGGAGUUUCACACCCAAGCUCAUCACAGAUGCUGCGGCUACUCGAUCGUAGUCGUCUUUGGGCAGGUAGGUGUCGGUCAGUACUUUCAGCGCGUCCACGAUGUACAGUUUAAUUCAGAUGUAUCCUUCCAGCC